AUGGCGUCUGACACCGACAGCGAGUUCAAUCUCUCGCUAGAAGACGAACAGUUGCUCGCAUCUCUCGUCGAGAACGCCGUGCCCAAGCCUGCUAAUGCCUUUGCUUUCCCCCACGAUGCGCCGAGUAGCGUUUCCAGCAGUUCGCAGACCAGGGCUGCUCUGGUCGGCAUCGGCCGCACCAACAGUGUCAACGCCUUUGUCUACAAGACCCAGCCGCAAUCGACGCCAUCAGUCAUCCCGGCUGACGACGUCAAAUACCCGGAUCUCACUCAAGCCUUGACCAGCCUGGAACAAGCCGAGGCCUGCGAGCAGCUUGGGCCUCUAGCCGAUGAAACCCCAGAUACAAGAUCGCCCCUUCUGCGAUUUCGAACUUUCCCCCGAAAACCCCUCUCUGUCUCCGACUUGACCGCUGGGGCGUGGUGCGAGCUCCAAUACGAGUACACAUUAACGCGGUUGCCGGGCGGGAAGAAGACGCGGACGACGGCCAUGAAAGAGGGCAGCAAGCUGCACCAGAAACUGGAAGACGAAGUGCACACCACAGUGCAGGUCGAGAUAGCAAGCAAGGAGGACGCUUUCGGCCUGAAAGUUUGGAACAUUAUACAAGGCCUGAGGACACUUCGGGAUACUGGUGUGACACGAGAGCUCGAGGUCUGGGGACUGGUUGACGGGAACGUCGUCAACGGCCUGAUAGACUUUCUAAGCUAUCAGAACCCAAGUCCGGAGUUCGAGGAGGAAUGGCUCAGCAGCCAAGGCAGCCAAGCCGCGGCUGAGGAGAAGUCGCAGCACAAAAUCACCAACUUUUUCCCGUCGGAUCGACCCGAGAAGUCUCAGCCAAAGUACAUUCGCAAAGUCUACCUGACAGACGUGAAAACACGAGGCUCAAAGAGCAUGCCGAAAGGUGCCGCACUGCGACCGACCAAGGUGCAGCUCUAUCUCUACCACCGCUUUCUGUCUGAUAUGGCAUCAGACAAAUGCAAUUUCUUGCAAGUGUUCAGGAGGUACGGCUUGGACGUGGACGCGGCCUUCUCCGACGCUUUCCUCGCACAGAUCGGCGAAUUACACGACGACGUGUUUCACGACUCCAGCUCCGUCCUGUCCUCGACCACAGCUCCAUCACAAGACUCGGACAUGCAUGACCUCUUGAGGUACCGCACGCUGCAGGAGCUGGUCCCGUUGCUUAGGGAUGAGCUCAGGUUGACUUUCCCCGCAGGUGGUGACAGCCUUGGGAGUGUGGUGACUGUGGAUUACCGACUACGUGGGGAAGAGGGCGAGCGUAUCGGAACCAACAUCGUUGCUGUCGAUUCGCAGGUACUAGACCAAUAUCUGGCCGAUUACAUGCAAUGGUGGAGGGGCGAGAGGUCGGCGACAGGGGUUGAGAUCGAAGAAGCCUACAAAUGCUCCUAUUGCGAAUUCGCUGAGAUAUGCUCAUGGAGGGAGGAGAUUGACAAGGAGAACCUGAGAAGGGCGCAGGAGAAGAGGAGUGCGCAAACGGAGGGUGAGAUGGGCGCUGACGGCAGAAGAAAUCUAGGACCCAAGUCACCCAAAACCAGGAGGCGGAAGGGCAGCCCUACGAUUGAAGUCACGAAUUGA